UUAAUGUAGUCCAUAGGCUAUACUUAGUGCCCCAUCACUACCUCCGAAAACCUGCACUAUCCCUUUAAGGCUCAUUAAUGGGACGACAACACACACUCACACACAAAGAUUCACGUCCACAUUUUGUUAAUUAAAGAGUGAAUACAGCGUUUGGAUGUGGAACAGUUUUUGUUUUUUUUAGCACAUAUUUGAGAACAUGGAUGGACUCGCGCUCUGAGGGAUGAAAGAUCAUUUUUCUCUUUAACCCUUUCCGCUGCUUUUGUGAUCUGCGAACAAUCAAGCUGAUUUUCAACUCCCCAGCAGGCGAUGAUGCGCCAGGUGACCAGCAGUGACUUCUGCAUGAGCGGCAGGCCGUCGUGCCUGGCGGAGGACGGACACCACACCACCGCCCACUUUGACCUGUGCACCUCGCAGGCCAACAAGUUCUACCCUCCUCCGCCGCCGACGUCCCCUCAGAUGACACUGACGCCCAUGGCUCUGCCCAGGCAGGACGUGCUCGGGGGCGACCCGCACACACCGGGGAAAAUACCCGGCGUCAAAGUUGAAGAUCAAGCACUGGACGACCCCAAGAAGAAGAAGAAGAAGAAGGCGACGGGGAAGACGGGCAGACGCGGGAGGCCUUUGGGGACCACAAAGCUGGCCGGGUACGGAAUCAGCACGGGACGACCCCUCGGUACCACCAGAGCCGCCGGGUACAAGACGAGUCCCGGACGACCUCUGGGUACGACCAGAGCCGCUGGCUACAAGCAGGCGAUGAUGCGCCAGGUGACCAGCAGUGACUUCUGCAUGAGCGGCAGGCCGUCGUGCCUGGCAGAGGACGGACACCACACCCCCGCCCACUUUGACCUGUGCACCUCGCAGGCCAACAAGUUCUACCCUCCUCCGCCGCCGACGUCCCCUCAGAUGACACUGACGCCCAUGGCUUUGCCCAGCCAGGAGGUGCUCGGGGGCGACCCGCACGCACCGGGGAAAAUACCCGGCGUGAAAGUUGAAGAUCAAGCACUGGACGACCCCAAGAAGAAGAAGAAGAAGAAGGCGACGGGGAAGACGGGCAGACGCGGGAGGCCUUUGGGGACCACAAAGCUGGCUGGGUACGGAAUCAGCACGGGACGACCCCUCGGUACCACCAGAGCCGCCGGGUACAAGACGAGUCCCGGACGACCUCUGGGUACGACCAGAGCCGCGGGCUACAAGCAGACGAUGAUGCGCCAGGUGACCAGCAGUGACUUCUGCAUGAGCGGCAGGCCGUCGUGCCUGGCGGAGGACGGACACCACACCACCGCCCACUUUGACCUGUGCACCUCGCAGGCCAACAAGUUCUACCCUCCUCCGCCGCCGACGUCCCUUCAGAUGACACUGACGCCCAUGGCUCUGCCCAGCCAGAGCCACAAGUCCAUGGUGUGUCAGAGACAGGACGUGCUCGGGGGCGACCCGCGCGCACCGGGGAAAAUACCCGGCGUCAAAGAUGCCAAUCAAGCGCCGGACGACCCCAAGAAGAAGAACAAGGGGACGGGGAAGACGGGCAGACGUGGGAGGCCUUUGGGGACCACAAAGCUGGCCGGGUAUAGAACCAGCACGGGGCGACCCCUCGGUACCACCAGAGCCGCCGGGUUCAAGACGAGUCCCGGACGACCUCUGGGUACGACCAGAGCUGCGGGCUACAAGGUGAGUCCAGGGCGGCCCCCGGGCAGCAUCAAGGGCCUCUCUCGCCUCAACAAACUGGCUUACGGUAGCACCUGCAGUGGAGCCGCUUUCCCAUAUCCACUGCCACCACACAAAGAAAUUCUCUGUGAACCUUCCUGCAAAGAGAAGACGACUAAUGAGUGAAGGCGCCCCCCGCCCCCCCAUUUCUACUCGCCCCUCCGUACUGUAUGUGGAAUAAGAGAUGCAUGUGUACGAGUUUCUGCCAGAUACUUGGAAGGUUUGUUGACUGUAAUCUUCCCCCGAGAGGAGAUGAUUUUCUAUGAAUCGUGUUGGUGUCAUCUGUGUGCCUGCCACCUGAUAUAAUACUGUUACAUUAUCAGAGCUACUGCUGGAGAUCUAUAGUCUGUGAAGAGUUCAGCGACUCACUGCUGUGUUGUUGUCUUUGGGGGUGU